GGUCUCUCUCCUCCCCCUGCCUUUGGUUGAGGUGAUGGAGAGUAAAGACUUGCAUUUUACUGAAACUGGAUGCUGAUUCCUAUUUGAGAGUUUCAAUAACUACUUAGACCACUAACAGAGCUUCUUUAUUCUAGGCUCCUGCCCAAAAAGCAUAAUCAUGAACAUUUUGGAACUCAUAAUGAAAAGGAAAGAACUUAUUCCUUUGAUCACAUUUGUGAGUUUUGCUGGAUGUGGAGCAAUUUCAAUGGGGUUAUAUUCCCUUUCCAAAAGUGAUGUGAUCAUUAACAAGAGAAAAAAUCCAGAACCAUGGGAAAAUGUAAAUCCUAACAAGCCUCAAAAGCUUAUCACAAUUAACCAGAAGUGGAGGCCUGUUGAAGAAUUACAAAAGGUCAGGAAAUUGACCAAGUGAUAUGAUUGUCCUUGCAAAGUAUACUUUCUGAAUCUAGCAGCAACAUCUCUGCACAGACUAGACUACUGGAACCAGUGUGUGGAAGUGCUUCUGCUGUAUUUUGGGAUCUCCCUGCAUUUGAGGGUUCUGAAUGAGAAAAUUCCAUUUUGCCCUAAAAGUGGAAAGCCUAACAAAAUCCAUUUAGUCCAAAAAUAAAAUUCUCAUAUUUGGUGUCUUGUAAAGUUGAAUUUUAGUUCAUUAAAGUAUUCAUGAAAAAGAACUGUUGAGUGCAUUUGUACCUAUGUAUUUUUUC